AUGGCCGCCGCCAACCCCUGGGACGAGGGGCAGCCCACGGCGGCGGGCGCCGCGCUGGCGCGCUGCCUGGAGGCGGGCGUCGUGAGCCAGGAGACCCUGGACCUGCUGUGUCCCAGAGCCCCGUGCUUCGUGAAGUUCUCGGAGCGGGAGCGGGUCGCCAAUCUCCAAGCCGAGCUCAACCAGAAAAAAAUGGAAAUUGAAAUCCUGGAAUUGGAGAAGGAGACUGCAGACAUUACUCACCCCUUUUACUUGAACCAGAAGUACCAGAUCCUUCAAGAUAUGAACAACCACUUGGAAGCAGUGCUGAAGGAGAAAAGGUCUCUCAGACAAAGGCUCAUUAAACCCAGAUGUCAAGACAGCCUGCCUAUCGAGGCUCCUUUCCACAAAGAGAGCGCAGAAGGAGGAGGAGUGAUUGUAGAAGUUGACGACAAAGUGGCAAAAGUCAGAAAUAUAAAGGCAGACAGCAGGCCUGACAGCACUUGGGACUCCAGAGAAAAGAUAGUGGCGUUCAGCUUUGAUUACUGCUACUGGUCUGUCGAUCCUGAAGACCCCAAGUAUGCAUCUCAGGAAAUGGUAUUUCAGGACCUCGGCACUUCUGUGUUGAUGGGUGCAUUUAGAGGAUACAACAUCUGCCUCUUUGCGUAUGGACAGACAGGUUCAGGAAAAACUUACACCAUGAUGGGAACACCUGCGUCGAUUGGGUUGACACCUCGUAUAUGUGAGGGCCUCUUUUCAAGGAAGGAUGAUUACUCAAACCAGACAACAUCUUGCAGGGUAAAAGUCAGUUUUCUUGAAAUCUAUAACGAGCGUGUCCGAGAUCUGUUAAAACAAUCAGACCACAAGAAACCUUAUACCCUUCGAGUCCGAGAACACCCUGAAACGGGUCCUUACGUACAAGGACUGUCUCAACAUUUAGUUACAGACUACAAGCAAGUUGUAGAACUUCUGGAGAAAGGAAUCGCUAAAAGGAUCACAGCAGCUACGCACAUUCACAACGCCAGCAGCAGGUCCCACGCUAUCUUCACCAUCCACUACACGCAGGCUAUACUGGAAAACAAUCUCCCCUCUGAAAUUGCAAGCAAGAUCAACCUAGUGGACCUUGCAGGCAGUGAAAGAGCCGAUCCCAGUUACUGUAAAGACCGAAUUACAGAAGGUGCCAAUAUUAACAAGUCCUUGGUUACACUUGGGAUUGUCAUCUCCACUUUAGCGCAAAAUUCGCAGAUGUUCAGCAGCUGCCAGAGCAUAAACACCCUAACGAGCGAGGGCGAGAGCAGUCACGGAGGCAGCCCCUCCUCGGGCAGCAGCGGCGGGGCCAGGCGCCAGGCCUACAUCCCCUACCGCGACUCCAUCCUCACCUGGCUGCUCAAGGACAGCCUAGGAGGCAACUCCAAGACCAUUAUGAUUGCCACUAUCUCUCCUGCCAGCUCCAGCUAUAACGAGACCAUGAGUACCUUAAGAUAUGCGUCUAAUGCCAAAAAUAUAAUUAAUAAGCCCAGAGUGAAUGAGGACGCGAAUGUAAAGCUGAUCAGAGAACUGCGCGAAGAAAUCGAUAGAUUAAAGACGAUGCUGCUGAGCUUUGAGCUGAGGAAUUCCAGUCCUUCCUGGAGUGAUGACAGAGACGGAAAUCUGACCGAGUUGGUUCUUCAGAACGAAAUGAAGAUCGAGCAACUGACCAAAGAUUGGACAAAUAAGUGGACAGACAGGAAAACCAUCAUGGAAGAAUACAGUGUGGACAUCAACAAAGAAAAAGUUGGAGUAACAAUAGAUUCUAGUUUACCUCAUCUGAUGGCAAUGGAUGAUGAUAUCCUCAGUACAGGAGUGGUCUUCUAUCAUCUCAGGGAAGGAACAACCAAAAUUGGAAGAAGUGAUUCAGAUCAGGAUCAAGACAUUGUUUUGCAGGGGCAGUGGAUUGAGAGGGACCAUUGCAUGAUAGACAACAACUGUGGGGUUGUGACUUUGCGACCGGUUCAGGGCGCGCGCUGCGCUGUGAAUGGAUGCAAGGUCACAGGAUCGUGCCGGUUGUCGCAAGGGGCCCUUGUUGUCCUUGGCAAGGUUCAUAAAUUUAGAUUCAACCACCCAGCAGAAGCUGCCAUCUUAAGACAAAAGAGAUCACUUACGGAGCCCCCAGCAGGCCUGAGCUGUGGAACUUUGGACUGGCUCAACUUGGAUGGAAACUUCAGCCCUUCUCCUCGCUAUAGUCCUUCUCUUCUUGAAAAUCAAAAAUGUACAAACCACAAAGGAAGCAAAUGUUCUGCUGAAAUAAGCAGAGCGAUAGAUGCUGUGCAUGAAGAGUACCAGCAGAAACUGAGAGAGCAGGAAGCUUUCCACAGGCAACAAAUUCAGCGGCAGCAGUUCUACGUCGAGGAGUUGAAGCAGCAGAUCCUGGCGGGACAGAUCAAAGCAGAGCGGGAACUAGAAAACGACCAAGCUCUCAUCAACCAGCAGAUCCGAGAAAACCAGCAGUGGCUUUUAGAAGAGAACAGCCGCCUGGCUGCCCUGCAGCAGCAGCAGCGGGAGUCAGCAGUGCAAACAGAAUCCGAGGCCGAGGCCCCGAGUGCUGCACGAUUGGGAAUCUGCCCCUCCUUGCUAGAGCAGAGCCAGAAGAGAGUGGUGCAGCUGGAGCUCCUGCGAAGAUACUCCUUGAAAAAGGCAGAAAGAAGCAUACGGCGGAAGAAGGUCAAGUUCCAGCUGGAAAGGAUAGUCAAGAAGCAGAAGCUGCUGGAGGCCAAGCAGAACCUGGAGCAGUUGGAGGCCAGCUGCUGGCUAAACGAAGACAGUGUGAAAGAAGCCCAGGUCCUGAACCAACAUAUUGCAGUAGCCUCUUGGGAUCAUCAGCUGGGAAAGCAAAGGAAGCCGCUGGGUUCGAGUUCCUCGCCACGGAGGCGACAUUCGCUCUGUAACCCCCAGCUGCCCCUUCUACCCAGGUGUUUGUUGAAGAGGGGAACUGCCUCAGAGUUACCUACCUCAGCACACACUGCUCGAUGCUGUGAAGGCAGCCCAUCAGGGACGCUGUCAUGUGUAAAAUGUCUUUGCAGAAAAGAUAAAGAUGUUUCUGGAAGAGAUGACCUUAAUGAUGAAAAAGGUGUCAUCUUUCCAGUCCAGAGGCAGCUAAGUGAAAAACAAAAGACAUCCUCAUUUGGAAAUAGAAAAGGAACAGAUAAGGUCUCUAGUGAUACAGCUAUCAUGGCUCAUAUUAACAAAAUUGAUCAAAAAAUGCCAAAGUUGGAUGACAGCCCAGGGGAAAGUGAAUCUCAAAACCAGCCCUCCAGAAGUUGCUCUCCUGAUCAUUUUAAAAAGAAAGAUGAACCUGAAACCUUCAUUUCAGGAACAAGAAUGGCAAAAGCAAAGGUGUUGGGAGAUUUAAGUCAGGCUGUAAGCAGAUGUCUAGAACAAGAGAGAGCUCGGGUAUCCGAUAAAAAGAACAGAGUGGAUAUUGAUGCAAAAGGGCAUGAUUCACCUUCAGAAAACUUUCCUAAAGAAACGGAGAAAACAGAAGUGUUUGCAAAGCUACGGUCAGCACAUCUAAACCAAACAGCCAAGAGUUUGAAGAGAGCACCAAGCUCAGCCUUGCCAAGCUGUGAGAAACAGCAGGAAUUUCUGAUGGCAGCAGCAUCAGUUGGAAAUCUCACUAAGAUAAACACACAGGCACCACUUUGUUAUGUUGAAAAAAAAUGGCACAGUGCCGAGAUGUUGAAUGCUGGAGUGUCCAAAGUGGUGGCAGAUGUGCUAGCAAACUGGCAAGAGAAUGAUGAAAAUGAGAUCUCUGAUACCGACAGUUCCUACUCUGUAGAUUCUCUCUCCUGUGCUUAUGCAAAGGCCUUCACAGAGAAACUAAGACAGGAAGAUUUUGACAGGAAUAAAUGUCUCACCAAUCCAGAAGAUUCUGAGAGUGAUGACAGUCAAAUGUCCCAAGACUCUCUGGUGGAAAAGGAACAUAAAGCCAAAAAGCAAAAUAAAAGCCGAUUUCACAAGCUAAAGACCCCCAACGAGACAGCUAAGCUUUGUCAAAGCAGACCAGAUCAUCACGUUUCAUCUUUGGUGACAUCAUGUGCAUCACGCAGGAGAUUAGGAAAAGCUGAGAGAAGUUUUUCUCUGGACAGCCUGGCUGAUGGAGAAGAGCUGAUAGAAGAAUCCAAAUCUGAUUCGUCUGAUGAAGUACCAGCCGAGAUUUUUUGGAAGUUACAGGCUCCUGGGCCUGCAGCCAUACACACUGAGGAAGACCAUGAACUCAAGAGCUGUGACAGAGGUACAGAAGCCCCAAGUUAUGAUCUGAAGCUGAGCGGUUCUUUUUAUUUGGGUACUGAGGCACAGCCUGCUUCCAGUAACGCCUUCAAGCAGUUACCAAAGGACACAAAGGUCUCUUUUGCAGAACAAGAAAGGUCUCUCAGUAAAAGAUUGUAUUACACAAGUGGAAACCCAUUGCUUACUACUGAUGCUUGGCCUUCACGUGACUCAAAGGGUGAAAUCAGCAGCCCCAGAAUAACAGUACCUUCUUCCCAUGAAAAUCUGGAAUUUCAAGAUGCUCGUCCAUGCCCAGUGAGCAAACCACAGGGUUGGGUGAAGAAAGAUGAUCUGAAGCAGUCAGCUGCUGAAGUGUCUUUUGUUUCUGGCUCGAAGCAGAUAAACAGAAUUACUCAUUUAAACUCGAUCUUCUCCUCUGUUACAUCAGAAGUACCUUUACCUGAAACUGAAAAAAGAGCAGUUGUGAGCAGAGUUUCUGAAAAUGGAACAUUAAAUAGGGUUCUUAAAGGAUGGGCACAUUGCAAUAGGAAUGCUUUCUUGGGAUCUCAAGAUGUAGUAUCCUCAUUUGUUAGUUCAGUAGGACCAGGUUCCUCUUUUCUUCCUAUUUCAGCAAAACCUGAUUAUUGUGGACAUUCAAGGUCAACUCAUCCUGAACAUGAACAACUGAAUGAAUUGCCUGCUUACAGAUCUACCACUGAAUGCACACAAACGUUUACAUGCUUGGAAAGCACCUCCCCAGCUGACUGUUUGUUACCUGUAUCUGCAAAAGAAGAUUCCCUCCCCACAACUCAUCCAGAGCUGCCAAAAGAUGAUCUGAACAAAGCCUCUUCUACGUCUGUGUUGCCUGUCCACGUUUUGGAGCAGAGAAGCGGCCAUGUAAAUGCAGAUUUAGAAGAUGAUUUCCUUGGAACUGCGGAAAAAGAUGGCCUAGAUGAUGACUGUGAUAACUUGAUGGCAGAAUCAAGGAUAACAGACACCAGAAGUGCACCUAUCUGUGCUCCCACCACUGGAUAUUCUACAGAACUUGCUCUUAAUGUGGCCUCACCACCAUCAUCUCUAAUAAAACAAGCAAAAUUUGGAAACCACGAGCAGCUCUUUCCACAAAGAGAAAUCCCACCAUGUAGUGAUGAGGGCUUCUUUCUCAAUGACACAAGAAACAAGACCUGCUAUGCAGUAGGCAGUCGCCUGCUCCCGGCAGUGCUUGGCCAGGGGCCAGACUCGGCUGUUACAGUAGGUCUCCUCAGGACUGGGGAAAGCACUCUGGAAACGGGGCAAGAUAUGAGUUGUGAACAAAUGUCUGCAGAAGAAAUUACAUCAGACACAGACUUUUCCUCGGAGGAGGUAACCUACCAGUGUAGCCCUUCAGUUUUUGCUCGCAGUGCAAGUUAUGACCAGUCUGCAACACCAAUAGCAAUAUCUCAAAAAGACAUAAUCUGCAUGAAAACAAGCACAGACAGCCUGGCAGAGGUUGUCUCAGAGAUGCCUUCGUUCAGCGACAGUGAAGAAUACAAAGCAAGGGGUGAAGACUUGUCUUCAUUAAAUCAUUAUGAAUUUCAAAGCAAAAUUGUUUCAGAAGGUUAUCCCCAUGAAUGUUCACUAACAGGCAGUCCUGCACGUUGCUUAUCCCAGCAUAUUUCAGAGAAUUCUUCUCUGUGUACUGAUGUCAUACGAGAAGAAAGCAGUGAAAGUAAAGAACAGAGUAUCUUGAGUUCUCAGCCUGUAGUUCAGGAAGAACUUUCAUCCAAAUACGAAAACCUGGUGGCCAAUGAAGUUAGUUACCUCAUGGUGAGCCCAAACGGGGAAGGCCCUGAGGCCUUCCCUACUGCUCUUUGUGAAAGUGCAAAUAAUUUGCUCCCAGAACCCAAUUUGGGCAUAUUAUACCAGGUAGCAGGGAAAGCUGAUCUUCCUCAAAGUGCUUCUGAGACUGAAAAAUAUGAUGAACCAUUGGAGCAUGUCACAGUAGUGAAAGGAAACUGUGAUGACAGAUCUAGUCUGUCUGUGGAAGUUAGUGCCCCAGAGAGUUGUUCUGGAGUACAGUCUAACUGCCUUUGCACAACGUGCUGUUCACAGUCAACAGGGCAGAACAACAGUGUGCCUAAGACUGAGGUUUCUGUGGAAUUUAAUGCAACUGGUCUGCUGGAAACAGAAAUUCAGAGCAAACCUUUAUUUGACUCGGGAGAAGAGAAAGAAAUCCUAUAUGAAAGGAAUUGUGCAGAGAAUAUUUUGCUUGUCAGCUCAGAGUCAGAAUCAGGAAAAGUAUUUGAAUACAACACAGAUUCAUCAGCUGCUGUGUUCAGAGAGGAGAAUCCUUAUAUGAAUGAAAAAUCCAAGAUUUUAAACAAUGAAGAAUCCAAGAUUUUAAACAAUACUGAAGAAACUAUGAUUUCUUACCAGAAUACGAAAGAAGAAAUGGCCAAAUUGAUCAAUACUGUAAUCAAAUUAGAAGAAAAUACACUGGAAAGUAAAUCCAGGCAGAUGGGAAGUUUAAAUGACUUCCCAGUAGUCAAAGUCCAAAGUGAAACUGAGGAUAAUAGAGGACAUUUUAAAGGCAGCCUGUCUCGGAAUUCCAAGAAACCUCCUGAUGUUGUAGCUUGGGAAAUUCAGGAUGAGUUUUAUAGAAACCUGUGCCCGACAGCAGCACGUGAAGGGGCAGAGGAAGCCCAGGCAGCAAGCGCUGGCAUGGAGCACACUCAGGAGCCCAAAGCAGUUGUGUGGUCUGAUAGUUGUCUUCAGACAGGGAACUUCUGCCAGAAUUUUAGUCAAAAUAGUUCAAACUUCUUUGAUGCUUGUGAGGGGCUUUUACAAAGACACACAGCACUGGAGGUGUUUGAUACAGAGGACAUAGCUGCAACAGUAACAGUGACAGGCAAGCAAGGAAAUACUUCAGAAAAAAACGAAACUGAAAAACAGGCAAGUUCUAGCAAUUUAACUGAGCCCUGCAUACAAGAUUGCUUGGCCCAUGAAAACUUGCAUCAAGAAAGCAAAGCUCAUGGAUAUGAAGUGCCUGGAAGGGAAGAGCAAACUAUCAUGACGAACACAGAGGGGCCGCUUGUUACCAGGCAAGAGGACAUAGGCACAGCUGAAAAUGUUUUCUGUACUGAAGAGAUCCCAGCUGCACAUCAGAUGCACCAUGAGAGGAAUGAUGAAAUUUUAAAUCCGUUUGAGCUCCCUGAAAAAUACCUGACAGCUUCGGGACUAGAGCAAAACACUCUGUCAAUCGACGAUUCAGGGUUUGUACAGGAUUACCAUGACCAUACUGAAACGAAUGAAGAUAGUAUUGAAAUGAGUGAAGAUAGUGGCUCAGGGGACUCCGUUAUGGAUGUAAAAAACACAAUGAUGAAAGACAUGAAGGUAGAGGACUGUUCAGUUGAUGAUAGUACUGGAAUAGACCUAAGCAGAAUUGAAGAAGAAUCUAAAAGUUUCUGUGUUAAAGAGGACAACCAAGUGUACAUGGGUCGUGCUAUGGAAUACACUGAGGACAUCCCUUUAGAAAAUACUGUUAGAAGUAGACCUGGUAUUUGGGAAUUGGAUCCAAAAGGCUCCAGAGUUGAGGAGAAGGAAAAAGGGCAUUUAGUAAAUGAAGAGCAAGAAGUCAAAGCAGACAGAGAAGAGCAGAUGUAUAUUGAAGAGGCAGAGGAGGUAGAAGUGAUAGUUCUACAAAACCUGAGUGAGCUGUUCCCCGGAAGCAAAGACAGCUGCCAACUCGCAGAAGAUAACAGUAGAUUAAACGAAAUCUUAAGAAACAGCCAAUGGAUGUCUACAAGCUUCUCUAGAAGUAAUGAAAGCACCAACAAGCCACAAAAACCUAUGGAAAAAAAUCCAGAAGAUUCACUUAAAGACUCUCUGUGCCAACCUCUAAAUCAUCCUUUAAGCCUUGGAGUAAGUGACGAUUCCUGUCUUGCUCAAGACGUUUCCACCGCAUUGACAGGACAGAGGAAACCGGCUGAUGGCAGUGCUGGGGCUGGAGCUGUUCUGCCUUAUUAUGAAACCCUGAUGGAGAAUGAGGGCUGUGUCGAUGCACCUGGUACAGCUGACAAAAAGGGAGUAGAUGAACAACGUUCUCAUAAAAUACAAAGUAAAAGUGCUGCUUUCCCACAGACAACGAUCACCCUGGACAGACGGGAGAAAAGUUCCUUUAAUGGUGCACCUGAUUCUGCUGCAUCUGAGCAGCCCCUCGAUGAGAAGGAUGAGAAGGACAUCUCUGCUACCUCAUAUAGUAUGGGAUGUUAUGAACCUGUAACUGUUGCACUUAAGCAAGGGUCAGAAGGAAAAUUGUUUUCCUUGGGAAAAAUGCGUUCUUGUGAAGAUAGGAUUCAGGAUGCUAACAGCUCUAAUGAAGAGCAUAGUGCAGAUUUCAUGGUGAACAAGCUGUCAAAAGACCAUUUUAAUUCUGCAGAAGACAGAGCCCAAGAGAAGAAGAGUGCCCUUAUGCCUUAUUCACUGGCCUUGGAUAAUUCAAACCUGCUUUCUUCUUCAGGGAAAGAAAUGAUGGGAGAGAUGAGGAAAGAAAGCAAGCAUGAUUUACUAGACAGCUCUUCUCAGAGAAGGUUUCCAAGUAUUAAUACAGCUCAGAAAGAAGUUCACUUAUGGAGUUCAUCACAAUGUGGCGAGGAGAAAUGUCUAAACACAAACUACACUAUAACAAGCAAUAGUGAAGAUAAUGCAAGGCUUCCUGAUGUAGUUGGAUAUCGGAGUGAGCCUGAAGACCUGCAGGAACAUGGGAUUUCUGAAGAGGGCUGUGGAGACUGUCCAGAGAGCUCCGUUUCUGAGGAUACUUCAGCACUUUCGGAAAGCCAAGACAAGUCCCCAGGGGAAGAUGCACUCAGUGAAGAGCUUCUAAAUUAUAAUAGGAAUCCUUACACAUCUGAAUGUUCUGCUGGUCAUCCGAAAAGCCCACUUCCAUUUGCAGAUAUUUUAAUCAGCAGCAACAGAGACAAAUGUAAAAGUGAUGGUGUUCUCGUUGAAAAAGCAAAGUACUUUGAAAGUGAAUCAACUGAUUUAAGUGUAUCUGUACCUUUUUCUGAUGUUUGCUGUCUGAAUCAAAAAGAUGAUGAAAGGAAAAAUAAUUCAGCUCUUACAGAGGUCACAGUUGCUCAGAAUAAUAAACUCUCUGAAGAUGUUGUGAGAACAGGUCAAAAGGGGGAAGCAAGUAAAGAUUCCUCCCAGAAUUGCGAUGGUGAAAGAGAAAAUAAAAUGCAUGAGUACCCGGAGCACUACCCUUGUGCUUCUCGUGUGACUGUACCUGAAUCAGCCUUGCCUGCUUUUCAAAGCCUGGGGCAGAUUUGCAGUAAAGAAUCAAAGUCUCUUCCAUUGUACUCUGCAGAAGAUCUUCCAACUGAUGCUUUGUUUCAAAGCUCCAACAACAUCAAUGCUUUUGACACUGCAAAUUUACUGCGUCACUCAAAAUCUCCACUGUUUAGUCAGCUUGAGGACUCAAUUCAAGAUGGUUAUUUGACAGAGCAAAUCCCCUCUAGUUAUGCAGACAUGGACACUGUAAAAGGAAGAGAUUUUCCAGCAGCAGUUCCAGAAGGUAUUUACCCAUCCUCAACAGACUUUUCGGAAUCUUCUUUAGCUGCAGACACAGCCCGUGGAGGAGCAGACACAUACGAUGUUUCGCACACAGGUACUUUGAAGCUUCCUCCAUUUGCUACUUUACAAGUGCAGGACACUCAGUCUGACAAGGCUGUGGUUUUUGAUCAGCCAGCACCUGCUUUGGGGAGUAUUUUACUUUCUCUCGCAAAAGAAAACCAGCAUUAUCCAGUGUCUGACAGAGAUUCAUGUGGAGAUUCUGCAGUAGAUGUACCCAGCAGUGAUCGUGAGCAAUUUGACAGCCAGCCAGCAGUUGAUCAGCACCUCUGGGAUAAAGUUCCACUACAGAAACUUUGCAGAAAAAGCUCAGAGAAAGUACUUGAUCAGGACAGUGAUGAUUCUCUUUUAAUACCAUCAUUACCUUUUUGGGAUACUGGAAGAGCAAUUCUUAUUAAAGAAGGACAAAUGAGAGAAGUGCUUACCAGAAAUGAGGAAAACUUGCAUCCUAGUACUGAGAUUGAACCUUCUGCAGAAAAGAGUGAACAAAGAUUAACAGUAAGUAGAGAACCUGCUGAAAUGCCAACUAUGAUAUCUUCAAAUUCUCUGAAUGAAUUAAUAGGCCCACAAAUCGCAGUGCUGCAAAAUCUGUAUCCAAGAAGUGUUAUUGUGGAUCCUGAACACAGGUGCAGCUCACCUAGUCCGACAUGUCCCACGUACAGCAGUAGCACUGAUCCUAGGAGACUGUAUCACACUGCCUCUGGUUUCGACAAAAAGCCCGUAGACCUCCAAGGCAAUUGUCAGUUUGUGCCUACAGGUGAUAAGCUGAGAAGACCAAGUGUAGAUGGUAGAAGAGAGAUUUUAUUUUGCAAAAAUAGUACAGGUUCAAGUGUUGAUAGCCCUCUUGAUGAUGCAGAUAGUUGUCCAAGAAUGGGUGAUGCUAUCAUGAAGAACACUUUGAAAUCAGAAAGGCUGAAGUUUCCUGUAAUGAAUCAUCAAAGUACCUCCUUAAAGUUUUUACUAGAAAACCAUAAUUUACCAGAAAACCAAGAAUCCCAAUUAGUACAAUUCAGGAGCAAACGACCAUAUUUUACUGCACAGAAUACGAAGAGCUCCAAACAAAGCGAACAGAGACCUUGUUUACAAAGUCAUAGACUGUCAGCCCCAGCUAUUGCAGUGAUCUCUGAUGUAGAAAAUACUUUGGAAGCUUCAUGUAGGGCAGAUCUUUCAUCACAUCCUGUGUUUAGAUCACUACAAGAUUUAAAUAUGAGUGUAGAGCCUCCGUCGCCAACUGAAGAUGAUCUUCAUGGGAUUGAAAGAUACUCAAAGCAAGAAUCAAAGAAUUUUCUGCAGGUAAAAUCUAAAUCCAGAUUUCAGCAGAGAACGAAGCAAACUAAGAAAUCUGCAAACUAUAAUCCAGAAAGUUUGCAAAGUUUUGUAGAGAGACCUCAAAGCAGCCGGUCUUUAAAAGACUGCACUGUUCGUGCUCCGUCAUCUUUACUGCCCAUAGCUCACCAUUCUGUAGGUUCAGAAGCAAAUAUCCCUACAAAGAGUAGUUCUGUAGCUCAGUGCAGUGAAGGGAGGGCUGAAGAAGCUGGGUACCAGUCAGAAAAAACAGAUUUGUUCUUACAAGACAAUAAGGAUGCAAUGCGUUUUAGUUCAAGUGAUAUUAAUCCAUAUGUGCAUCCCUGGCAACAAGAUGGACUGUGCAAGAUUGGCUGGAAGCAGUAUGUUUUUGGAAGCGCAAGUGAUGUCUCUUGCAAUCAGAGUCCUUUAAACCAGGAUAAUCGUGAAGUUAUGAGAUGUUCCAGUGUGGACAAUGGAUUGAAUUCUCAAAAUUCUCCUUUCCAUUCUCAUCUCAGUUCGUAUGCGACAGCAAAAGUUCUGUCAAGCACUUUAAGCAGCACUGAAGAUCUUCAAGGAUGGGACAAUAUCAGAAGGGGCUUUGAAUCUGCAUACCCAGGUGACAGCACUAAGCAGUACAGCAAUGUAUCCAGUGAAAUACUGGAAACCAAUCUAGAAAAUAAUGUUCCUGAUUUUGAUAAUGCUUCUGCACAGCCUGGUAACUCUUCAGUGCAGGUCGAUGAAAUCAUGCUGCUGUAUCCUUCCGAGUCAGAUAGGUCUUCCAGAAAAACACCAGGAAUUAUGUGUGAGCAGGGGACACAAACAGCAACUAUAGGAAGGUACAGAAGACAGAGGAGGCACCAGAGAAGCUAUACGGAUAUUUCUGCAAGGAAGCAAGAAACUAGCAAAGAUUCAUUGCAGCGACCGUCAUCUUGGGCAAGCAUGCAGAACCUGUCCAUGCAUCUUUCCCAGCUUCUCCAGAACACUUCUGAGCUCUUGGGAAACCUCUCCCAGCAAAAUAUCAUGGAUAACGACCAGAACGCCAAAAUCAAGCCAAAGGGAAUGGAGGAGGCAGGAAAGGUUGCUCGAUCAGAUAGCUGCACUCAAACUACAGCAGAUAUAGGCAUUCAAACGGAGAUCUCAGAACCUCAAAGCAAACAGCUAGAUGAACUAGCACAGGCAAAAAUGGAAAAUGAAUUGAGGACAACUCGGGCAGGAAGCAUUGAUUUGAAAGGGAUUGGUGGGGAUGCAGUAGGGAAGAUUCCCCAAAGUAAGGACGAAAUGCUCCCUCUCAGAGACGGGACACCAGAAAGAGCCGGGAUGAGAACCCCGAGCACUCCUGAUUUCCAUGACAGCCUUGACAGCCUUCUGGAGGUCUCCUUUAUGCGUCUGCCGCUCUUAACGAGAAGCUCCACUCCCCUCUCCGCCUUCCGCAGAACGUUCAACGCGCAGCAGAGCGUCGCCUUCGCCAGCACCAGCGUGUCGACCGCUGCCUCGUCGUUGCUGAGCUCCGCGCAGGGCGACUCUUCGUGCACUGCAGUUAGCAGCCCUACUACCAACAGCAGCUUGCAGUCUCCAGCGUCCUAUGCUCCGGAUAAGCGAAGUGCCGACGAACUGGAGAUUCCCACGGAAAGAAAGCUCUGUCACAAAAACACCCUGCUGGUCGACAGGGCCUCUUCCCCUAUUCUUACGCUUAGUGCUAGUCCCAGCAGCCGCGUAGCUUUUGGCAAGUCGCCCUGCUCUGCUAAGGGACCUUCGAGCCCCCUUCACGGGCAGAGAAAGCCGAGGGCGGGCGCGCGGAGCGGUGCGGAGCCGCAGGUGGACAACUUCUCCCAGACAGAGACAGAGAGCGAGUCAAGCGCUUCCCGAGACGGCAAGGACACCGGGCAGGUGUCUGGCAGUUUCUCGGACAAGGCUGAAGCCAAAGAGCUCUUAGGAAGAGCUGCCACAAAAGACUUGAAGCAAAAGCAGAAGAGGCUCACGGUGGACACCCACACUACGAUUUGUGCUAAACGACUUUAUCACUCCAGCAGUACCCUAGAGGUCUCCGGCCACAGGGAAUUGUUAACAAAUGAUCUUGGAGACCACAGUCCACUGGAACGUUCUCUUCGCUGUAUGUAUGUGACAAGGAGAGGGAGAGGCUCUUCAGGAGGCAUCAGGCAAGAGAAGUACAUGGGUAAUUCUGACACUGCUUUGAUUCAUAGUUACUCACCUCCAAAUUCUGACUUACUUUUUAAGCAAGAAAUUAGAGCGACUUGUUCAGAUAAGACAAAUGCUGGCGAAUCCCCAGAGCCUCUGGUAGAAGCCUCUUCUCUGCAAUUGCAUGAUUUCUUUUGGAAAAACGAAGAGAGCUGCCCCCUCGCCGUCUCUGAUGUGAGCGAUGCGCCGACCUCCUUGCAAGGUGACAAUGCAGAUGGCCUCUCUGAAAGCGACUGCGACACUGAAAUCCUCCUGAACACAAACCCGACCACUGCAAAGCCUCACAGGCCCCGGAGCUCCAGUCUCCGUGACUUACCCGUGCACAAUAAAUUCAGCAACUGGUGCGGCGUUAAGGGCAGCCCCCCGUCUUCGUUGCUCAGCUUGAGUGGCAGCGCGGCCGAUCUGCGAGCUCAGGCAGAAGCGAAGCCUGGAAGCAGCCGCGCCGCGGAAAGGGAAGGAAGAUCCCAGCUCUGCGAAAGCAGAGACAGGGAGAUCGAGCGGCUGCGGCGGGAGCGUGCGCAGGUCCUGUCCGGCGUCCGGCUGGAGCUGCGGCAGCGGCCGCUCAGCGUGGAGCUGGCCGAAGCUAAGCUCAACUACGGCCUCGGCGAGACCGACGCGCUGCUGAGGGCGCUGCGGGGCGGCGUCGCACACGGCCUGGCCGCGGGCGCCAUCCAGCAGCAGCUUUAUGACCGACACAUGAGGACGAUUGAAACUCUGAGGAAGGAAAGAGAAAAAAGGCUGCAAAGGUACCGAAGAAGCCGAAGUUUGAGUCCUCAGAAGCACCUGAGCCUGUUGCAGAUGCUGGAUUCAAGUCAGAGGGAUUUGGAUCUUCCCAGCAGGCGGCGAGAGUAUCUGCAACAGCUGAGAAGAAACGUGGUGGAAAAUACUAGAGUUCAAGAACCAAAAAGAGGUGCUCAGCACCCGUCAGAGAUUGAGCUCUUGCUCCGAGACUAUCAGCGGGCCCGAGAGGAAGCCAAGACUGAAAUUGCUCGAGCUCGGGACAAGCUGCGGGAGCGGGCGGAGCAAGAGAAGAGGCGCAUACGGGAGCAGAUGUGUUCUCAGUUACAGAAGGAAGAAGCCAGGCUGAAGACUCUAGUAAGUACAAGCACUUUAUGCACAGACUCCAGCCUCAGCCUUUCCUCUGGCCCAACAUCUGGUUACAACAGCAGUAACACGGCUACAUGCGCUGCAAGCAGACUCGGCGGCCACGAGGGACAGGUUUCAUCUGGAAAUGCAGAGCUGUCAGGAGAUGCCAGAGGUCGCUCAGCUGUUAGAAACAGUCAGCUUCACACAUCAGAAGAAGUACAGAAGGAGUCAGCAUUUGAAGGCAGAACUCAGCCACCCCUUAUCUCCGGUAGCAUCAGCUGCAGGUUCACUCAUGGACUAACUAUUUCAGUCAGCUCCUCGUCCACAAAAGGAUACCAAGAUUUGUCUAAACAUAUUGUGGCCAAUGCUACCACUGAGGUAAUGGCAGCCUGCUCCCAUAACCUGAGGAAUCUCUUUACGUGCCAAGCAGCAGCUGGUUGGAAAUACCAAUGUACUGAAAAAGAGGUGCUGAUUUACUACAAAGCCUUCCCUUCAGCAACAACACAUGGCUUUCUGGGAGCAGGAGUGAUAGAGAGGGACCUUCCCAGCGUGUGGGGCCUGGUGAGAGAUCCUGGCAAAAGGCAGCUGUACGACAGGACUAUCAGCACAGCUCGACUACACAAGAAGAUAACCAGCCACAUUCAGCUGGUAUAUUUAGUGACUGACACCUCCCUGUGCUCCCUAAAGCAACCCCGAGAUUUCUGCUGCAUUACCGUAGAAGCCAAAGAGGAGAACUUGUUUGUCUUGGCAAUCCAGUCGGUCUACGAUGCCUCCAUGCCUCAGCCCUGCAAGGAAGUAGUGAGAGGGGAGGUUUUGCCAAGUGCCUGGAUCCUGGAACCUGAUGUAGUGAAUGGAAAAGAGGUCACCAGAGUCAUUUACAUGACACAGGUGGAUCUUGGUGCUCCAGCCAUUCCUGCGAGGCUCCUGAGCGCGCUUGCCCGGCGGCAGCCCCUGGUGGUUGCUGGGCUCGCGCACUGUCUGUCAGGCUAACGCGGGCCCCGGGCUGGCUCCCUGCAGCGCGGCGCGGCGGCAGGGACACAAACACCUGCAAGGCAGAGCCCUGCUGGCU